GGACGGAGAUCGUUUGUUCUACAAGGGAUUCACCUUCACGCAGAUGCUCGUGGACAUCUACCCCCGGCUGGACAGCAUCUUGAGAGACGAGGUCCAGCUGCAUGACAUCAUCAUUCGCAAUUCAGGCGUCACCUCCAGGAUGCUCGGAGGCUCGACGAGGAUCAGCGUGUUCGCCACGGAGUCGUAG